GCAUGGAUGGUCGCAGUAGGGAAAGCCAGCCUUUAGACGCUUGCCUUUUUCUUUUUUAAACCAGGAUCACAUUUUUUUUCUUCCAUGGAUUUAGGUCUGUAACUUCACUAUGGAGCUGGGAAAAGUUCAUUUGAAUCUAAAGACACUUCUGCUGACAAUGAUGAUGUUUAAGUGGGGAACCCUGUGCUCUGCCACAUCAGAAAAAUGUUUGUCUGCACCUUGCCAGAAUGGGGCUACAUGUGUGGACACCAUGGAUGAUUAUGCCUGUAUCUGUGCCAGAGAAGGUGUAAUAUACAUGGGAAAAAACUGCGAUGAACUCUACGAUGGUUGCUUCUUUGUGCCAUGUUUAGAGUGCACCAGUACCCCAGGAACAAUGGAAUACCAAUGCGUAUGCCCAGAUGGACUUACAGGAGAUAACUGCACAGAAGAGGUGGAUGACUGUCUGAGCAACCCUUGCUCAGAGCCUCAUUCACUGUGUGUUGACCAGCUCCAUGGAUAUUUCUGCAGGUGUCCAGCUGGAUACGGAGGUCAAGAAUGCAACACACGUGUGACUGAUUGCAUUGACAAACCCUGCAUGAAUAAUGGCACUUGUGUGUUACAACCAAAUGGCUUCGAAUGUCACUGUGCACCAGGGUUCAAGGGCAUGACUUGUGAGGAAGAUGUGAAUGAGUGUUUAUCAGAACCCUGCCAGAAUGGUGCCAUUUGUAUUGAUGGAGUGGCAGAGUACCAUUGUUUCUGUGUGCCAGGUUUUCAAGGACACAACUGUGAAAUAGACAUUAAUGAGUGUGCUUCUCAGCCCUGUGAAAACAAUGCUACCUGCAUCAAUGAGAAGGACCAUUAUGAAUGUGAAUGCAUGGUAGGCUUCACAGUUUUUGUCUUUUCCAGCUAUGAAUGUAACUGCAGUAACACUGGAUUUGAGGGCAAGAACUGUGAAGUGGAUAUUGCUGAGUGUGCCUCUGAUCCCUGUCAGCAUGGUGCCACAUGUCUAGAAGAAGUAAAAGGAUAUAUGUGUCUCUGUUGGCCAGGUUAUGAAGGACCUAACUGUGAAGUUGACAUUGAUGAGUGUGCUAAGCAGCCAUGUCAGAACGGGGGGAAAUGUUUGGAGCGCUCAGAUCCGUCUCACUGGGAACUUGAUUGGGAGCUCAGCUUUGCAGAGGCAGCUGGGUAUACCUGCCAGUGCCAAGGAGGGUUUGCAGGAGAGAACUGUUCCAUAAAUAUAAAUGAAUGUGAAUCUGAACCCUGUCAGAAUGGAGGGAGCUGUGAGGAUGAGGUCAAUGGCUACACCUGUGUGUGUCCUGUUGGAUUCUUAGGUGAGCUGUGUGAAUUGAACAUUGAUGAAUGUGAGAGCCAGCCCUGUCAAAAUGGUGGCUGGUGUGAAGAUGGCAGAGCAUCGUACAUCUGCCAUUGUCCUGAAGCCCCGCCUGGUCAGCUUCCAUGGGGAGGGGACGACUGUGAGGUUAAACUCUAUGGCUGUGUAGGCCACGAAUGCCAGAAUGGAGCCAGCUGUCUUCCGACGCUACAAGAUGGAAGGCACAGCUACACUUGCUUGUGUCCGUAUGGCUUCUAUGAUGAGCAAUGCUCUACGAGAACAACAUUCUCCCUUUCUACCCCUGGGUUCAUUCAUAUCCAGGUUCCUCUCAAAGAAAAGGUCCGCAGGGAGGUGGAGCACCGUGUUCACCACGGUCUGGGGUUACAGCUUCGCUUUCGGACAACUUUACCCAGUAUGUUGAUUUUCUACAGAGGGGAUCUGGAUACUUAUUUUCUCCUGGAAAUUGUGAACGGUGGUCUCCAUGCAACAGCCUUUUCUGAGGAGUCUGAAUUGGAUGUAACAUUUCCCGGCCCUGUUAAUGAUGGAGACUGGAGGAAUGUUCAUGUGUUUCUGGAUAAUGGAGUUCUAUUCUUGCUCCUUAAAGGUCCUAACUGUGACAAAGAUGGAUGCACAGUUACAGACGUUGGUGAUGGGGAACCCCCUUUCCAGCCCUCUACAGCCUUUAUUAAUGUUUACAUUGGGGGAGCACCAAAGGAGCUUUUGGAGCUCUCUUUAAGUCGUGCAGGAUUCCUUGGAUGUAUUGAAGACCUUAUUAUUGACUCAAAACCUAUUCUACCCCAAGCACUUCCAGAGGAGCAGUAUUUUGAGUUGGGAUGUUCCAAGACUGAAUGGUGUAAACCUGACCCAUGUAAUGGGCAUGGCCAUUGUGUGGAUCUGUGGACUGACUACCAGUGUGACUGUACCCGUCCCUUCCACGGGGACAGCUGCUCUGAAGAAUACUUUUCAUGGACUUACAGCCACGAGGAAACAGUGAGUUUUAGUUCCUACGACAUCAAAGACAGCCAUGGAAGCAACUUCAGUGUCUCCUUUUUUCUGAAGUCCGUAAAGCCAGAUGGGCUGAUAUUUCAGCUGAGAAGACCCUCUGCGGGAGAUGAGGGGGAGGUCUACUUUUCAAUCUACCUGAGGACGGGAAGGGUUUUUGUCAGCUCACUGCCUGACAGCUUCCCACUGACGGCUCCAGUGUUUGUAACCAAUGGGCAGAAACAGUUUCUUUCUGUGGAAGUCAAACACACGUCUGUGAUUUUUGAUCAUGCAGGUCUUAACUUUGGAAUAGGAGAGAUCCCUGAGGUGACGGUUUUGGGCGGAGACAAGGCGUAUGUUGGAGGGCUUCCAGAGGGCUGGGACUCUGAUAGGUGGGGGGGACAUUUUAAAGGCUGCCUCCAGGACGUUCGUCUGGACUCCGCACAUUUAGAUCCGACUGGCUGGAGCCGCUCAGAUGAAAUAGUUUAUGUAUCAAAUGAAUCUGGAAAUUGGACAGAGGGCUGCAUUAGUGAUGAUACCUGCAAGACCCAGCCUUGUCAGAACGGAGGAGAAUGCUCCAUAACCUUCAAUGAUUUUAUCUGUUCCUGUCAAGAGGAAUACACAGGAAAGACCUGCCAAACACGUGUUUGGUGUGUGAGCAAUCCUUGUAUCCAUGGCGGCGUGUGUGUGGACCUUCCUGAUGGAUAUGAAUGUUUGCAUAACGCCACAUUUCAAGGCAACCCUGUGCAGUACAGUGCCGGAGGCUCCCUAGCCGAACCCGUCUCUAACAUUUACAUGGAGCUGCGGACCCGAUCAGAGAAUGCGGUGCUCCUGAGGGCCUCUUGGGGAUCCAACCUGCUGAUGGUGGGCAUCUUGGAUUUCUCAGUUUGGGUGGAAAUCCAGACAGACAGUAGCAUGAAGGCGCUGACCUUAAAAGGGAUUCGUCCUGUGGCUGAUGGCCGCUGGCAGCGCAUCAACAUCUCCAUGGCUGACUGGAGACGGAAGGCCUCCCCCUGGAUCAUCACUUUGAAUGGAGUCACUGAUGUCACCAGCAAACAAGACCGAGCAGGAAGUCUGAGUUUCCUCAAUAAGAAGGGGGCCAUGCUCACUGUUGCAGACAGCUUCACCGGCUGUUUGGGUGCAGUGAGGCUCGGGGGCGUCUAUCUCCCCUUCGUGGACGACCAUAAAGCUCCGCAGCCCUCACAGUUUCACCUGCUUGGAAAACCAAAAGUCCAUCUGGGGUGUAGCAGUGCACCCGUUUGUGAAUCUGGUCCCUGUCUAAACGGAGCCACAUGUGAAGACUUAUUCAAUAAAUUUGGUUGUGUGUGUGACACUGGCUGGGAAGGAGAACGAUGUGAGAUGGACACUGAUGACUGUGCAUCUCAGCCCUGUGUUUAUGGCAGCUGUAAGGACUAUUUAGGCAGCUUUGAGUGCCACUGUGACCCUGGAUAUGCUGGCACACUGUGUGAUGAAGAUAUUGAUGAGUGUGAGCUUUCCCCCUGUGAACAUGGCGGGACUUGCCUGGAUGGUGUCAACAUGUACACCUGCCUGUGCCCCAAAGACUACAGUGGCCCUCGCUGUCAGUGGGACUAUCCUCCGUUACAGUGCAAAACAGAUGUCCAGUGUGAAAAUGAUGGAAUCUGCAGAGACGGGCUGUGGGGAGCUAACUGUACCUGCAUGGCGGGUUUCACAGGCAGCAGGUGUGAAACAGAGAUUGAUGAAUGUAACUCUAACCCCUGUCAGAAUGGGGGCUCCUGUUUGGAUCGGUUCAACAUGUUUGUCUGUGAAUGCCCACCUGGAUACAGCGGCCCAGUUUGUGACGUCAAUAAGGAGGCCAAUAAACAGGGAGUCUCCUGGCUGAUGGUUGUUAUUCCACUGCUCUGUCUAUGCGUGGUGGUCCUGAUCAUUGGUUUGACCUUCAUGCUGCUCACAGCAAGGAAGAAGCGCCAGUCAGAGGGGGCUUACAGCCCCAGUGCUCAGGAACUGGCCGGAGCCCGGCUGGAAAUGGACAGUAUGCUCAAAGUCCCACCAGAGGAACGACUCAUCUGACUACAGGCUGCUGGAUCAAAGGAGUUAGAUGUUAUCGAGGUGCUGCGGUAUCAACUGACUAUUUAAAUGCCUUUAUAAGGCAAUGCAUGUGGAUGCCAACACUUACUAAUCCUAAAAACUUUGCUUAUUUAACAACCUUGUACUAGUUGUCUACAGACAGCUGGUGGAAUGCAUGUUCUCAGCACCUCAGCCUUGGAGGUCUGAUCCUGCAUCUAAGGAUUACAGCAUGGACUGUACACUGGAUUUAAGACUUAAAUCUCCAGCUUUAUACCCAGAAGUUUAAAAAAAAAUUCUAAUUAGUGUACAGUGCCUUGCAAAGGUAUUAAUACCCACCAGUCUUUAUGGAAAAGUCAUUCAAAAAAUGCUCCUCUUUAAAUGGACAUCACAAGAAUUUCUGUUUUCAUUUUGCAGGAAACAAUGGGGGGAGGGCUCGUUCAUAAUCUGAACAAAAUUAAACAAAUUAAUUACAUUUACAACCAAAGGUAAACUGAUGUAAAAUACCUCUAGAGACACUUUACAGCCAAUUUAAUCAAAUCAUACAGAAAAUU